UAUCUUUACUUCCCCCCCAAAAUAACAUCAAAAUUAAAAAUAGGAAAAAAGUAAAUACAAUUUUUUUUCUACUCUUAGUUUCACCCUGAAAGGAGCAGAUUAAAAAAAAAAACUAAAAUGCAGCAAUUGAUUUCCAGGGUUAUCAAAAUUAGGGUUUCAUUUCAUGGAUUCUCCUAAAACCACCACCACCACCACCACCACCACAACAACCACCAUUUCCGCCACUGCCACCACCGUUAGUUUAUCAGAUUCUCCCCCAGUUCAAGAAUCCCCAUUUUCUAAUUACAUAAGCAAUCUAUCGCCUAUUAAGCCUGUCAACACUGCACAUGUAGCACAUGGACUCCUAGGAAUCAAUUCCCCUCCACUUGUCUUCAAGUCACCACAUACAGCAUCAGACCGUCAAAUAAAUCUCUUGCGAAGGUUUCAAUAUCCUCAGAUAUCUGGGGCAGAAACAUCUAAGAUUGACGAUGGAAGCAAGAAAUCUAUUGAUGGUCCGGAGGAUAUGGGGAAAUCGAGCAUCUGUUUGACUAGCAAUCUGAUUGUUGACUCCCAAACAAGCGACAAUGUCAAUAACUCUGAACAAGACCAACCUGGCAGCUCCUCAGGCUGUGUUGAUGAGUACUUAUCUGAUCCUGUGGAUGCAGAUUGUGCAGACUCUGUUAAUUUGGUAAACCCAAACGUGAAAAAAUCUGAUGAUGCACUUCAGUCAUCAGAAAGUAAUUUAACCAACUUGAAAAUAGUAGAAUCUGAUGACAUAAAUGAUAAGGGGACGAAAGGGGAGGUGUCUCAGGCCAGGCCUGAGCAAGAUGGAGAGGAUCCUAAGGAGCAGCCAACAUCUGAAAAUAAGAUGGAAAAGAUUAAAGAGGAGGGAAGCCUUGCCAAACAACCAUCUCAUGUUUGCCCAAAUUUUGGGUCUGACUUGCUUGUAGACCAUGCUUCUAGGCAACAAUGCUACACUUCAGGGGCUCAGGUUGCUCAUCCACAUGAACCUAUUCAACUCAUAACAUAUAAUGGUUCAGAGGUCAGUCAGCUCCAACGUGGCAUGAGUAGACGCUGCCUUCAGUUUGAACAAGCUCAACAGGAAACUACAAAGGAUGGUACCUAUUCUCCAAAUCCAGCAAUCAAUUUAUUUGGUUCAAUAUCACCUGCUUCCAGUACAGAAUUGGAGAUUUUGGAUUCAUCUCAGGUGGAGCUAACUAUCUCUUCCCACAAGGAGCAAACUAUGAGUGCUAUGUUUUCCGCUAAUAUAAGUGGAAAGUGUCCCGUAGCUGUUUCCAAGCCUUCAGGUAUUGGCUUGCAUCUCAAUAGCAUUGUCAACACUUUGCCAAUGGGAAGCGGUGCAUCAGGACCUAUCAUGAGCCACCAUUUAGUGGAGAACAAAAUUAGUUGCUCCAAACUAUCAAAUUUAGUUGAGAGAGUCUCAUUAACUGCGGGAGAUGGAGUGCUCCAAACUAAGGCUUCACUUGCUACAAGCUCUACCACUUCUGAGUCUUUUCACAACAUGGAAUCUUUUAAUAACUUGCAGCCACCAGAACAUCAGGUAACUCCACACAAUAAGAGGAGAUUUAGUUCAGAGCACGCUGGCAAUUUUGAGGACUUCAGCCCAUCAAGCCCCAAGAAGAAAAGGAAGAAAGCAUCAAGCACUGAUGGUGAUGGUUGCAAACGUUGCAACUGUAGGAAGACUAAAUGUUUGAAACUAUACUGUGAUUGUUUUGCAGCCGGAAUCUACUGUGCUGCAAUUUGUGCUUGCCAGGGGUGCUUUAACAGGCCUGAAUAUGAAGAUACUGUUCUUGAAACACGACAACAAAUUGAAUCACGUAAUCCACUUGCUUUCGCUCCAAAGAUUGUACAGCAUGUGACUGAGUUUCAAGCAAUCGAUGUGGAAGAUGUAGACCUGUUUACACCGUACUCAGGGAGGCAUAAGACAGGAUGCAAUUGCAAAAGGUCAAUGUGUGUGAAAAAGUAUUGUGAAUGCUAUCAGGCUAAUGUCGGAUGCUCCAAUGCUUGUCGAUGUGAAGGGUGCAGAAAUAUCCACGGUAGGAAAGAAGAAUAUGCCAUGACUCAAGAAAUAGUAAGCAACAGAGCUAAUGAAGAAAGUUUAGAAGGCAUGGCUGAUGAGAAAUUGGAAAUGGUUGCAAACAAUAAAUUUUUACAUACUGAGCUAUACGAUCUGCGCAGCCUCACACCACCAACACCAUCAUUUGAGUACUUAAGCCAUGAAAAGGAUGCACCAAAAUCCCGACUCCUUCCUGGUAGGUAUGUCUUAUCGUCUGAGUCUGAUUUUUCUAUGCUGCCAUCUUAUGCAAAAUCCGUAAGUUCUCCAAGCAAUUCACAAGGCAACGACAUGCUUCCAAAAACAAGUAUAACCCUCGACAUAGUUUCCCACGGCCAGGAACUAGAUUAUAACAUUACUGAAAUAACGGGCCAAUUCUCACCACAAUUUGAUGAACUUGCCGAUUUCUCUGAUCAUACUCCACUGCCAAAUCCGUCCUCAAUCAUGAUGGCUUCUUCGGCUUCGUCUAAAACACAGGACAAGGCAAAUGUUUCACAACCUCGGGUGUAUCCUGGAAGUGCUCGUCUCUCAUCUGGCAGUUCUCUUCAUUGGUACAGUUCACCAAUUACCCCAAUGACUCGGUUAGGUGAGACAAAAAAUCAAGCACAGGACUCUGAUUGUGGGCUUUAUGACAUUCUGGAAGAUGACACACCCGAAAUAUUAAAGGAUUCUUCUGCCCCUAUCACAUCUGUUAAAGCAAGCUCUCCUAAUAAAAAGCGAGUUUCUCCGCCUCACAGUCACAUUCGAGAGUUUCAAUCGAGCUCUUCAGCAGGCUUGAAAAGUGGGCGCGGGCGCAAGUUCAUUUUGAAAUCUGUGCCUUCUUUCCCGCCCCUCACUCCUUGUCUCGAUUCCAAAGAUUGCACCCAACAGAAAUACUAGAAAUAUAGACAUUUGCCACUUUAGUGGUGUUGGAUAUAAUUCAUUCCAGGAAAGUACAUAUGCAGCUGUGGUCUGAGGUUUUGAUUUUGCGCCAGGUUCGGAUAAGGACCUCGUAUGGUUCUCAAUUGAUACUUGAUUGUCACAAUCUUGCUUAAGUAGGUAUUUCGAGUGACUCCAUGUUCGGAAUAUACGUGACUCAUGCUAGGGAUGUGGCCAGGCAUCAUCAUAUGCAGUUUUUUUUUGCUCCGCUCCUUUUCCAUCUCCAAUUCGUAUCUCUGUUAUGCAAUUAGAUGUGUCUAUUGUCGAUUGGAUUUCAUUAAUGGUUGGUGGAUAGUACUAAAGGUUGUCCUUGUUGACCAGUGAAAAAACAAAAUUUCCAUUCUCUUAA